CAAUGAUAGGUGAGAAUGCUUUGCCUUCGUCGUGGUGCCGAAGUCCACUUACUUUCCUGGGAGCUCGGUCCCUGGCAAACUACAGCAUUCCCGUUUCAAGGGGAUUUGGCGGCUGGAGGACAGCUUCAGCCCCCCCAACACUUCUUUGUGGACGCCGGCAUCACACAGACGGCUAUUGACCAGUGUCGGUGCCAAGCCAGCGAAGUGGGAGCCAUGCCUGUCCCCGCUGGAUACAUGAGCGACUCCCAGUGCGCGGCCUUCGCAUCCUCGGCCUCGCUUGUACCUCCGCCCCCGAUCAACACCCGGCAACCCGGUGUUGUCACCUCGCUGCUGUAUAGCGGCUCCAAGUUCAGGGGCCACCAAAAGAGCAAAGGGAACUCGUACGACGUGGAAGUUGUUUUACAGCACGUCACCAUGGCGGACUCUUACCUCUGUGGCUACUUGAAAAUAAAAGGACUAACGGAGGAAUACCCAACUCUAACGACGUUCUUCGCUGGAGAGAUUAUAAGCAGAAAACGGCCAUUUCUCACCCGGAAGUGGGAUGCAGAUGAGGAUGUGGAUCGUAAACAUUGGGGCAAGUUCCAGGCCUUCUACCAGUAUGCAAAGACAUUCAACUCGGAUGAUUUUGACUAUGAGGAUCUUAAAAAUUCAGACUAUAUUUUCAUGAGGUGGAAGGAGCAGUUUCUGGUCCCGGACCACACAAUCAAAGACAUCAGCGGCGCUUCCUUUGCUGGAUUUUAUUACAUUUGCUUCCAAAAAUCUACAGCAACAAUCGAGGGCUUCUACUACCACAGGAGCUCUGAAUGGUACCAGUCUCUAAACCUCACCCAUGUCCCUGAGCACAGUGCCGCCAUCUAUGAGUUCCGGUGACCCCGGCUGGCAUCGUGGAUCUUGUGUUUGAUGGACUUGAGGCGAAGCAGAGGUCUGCAGAUGCUCACAAGACUGGAAAAAGACAGAGUGGGAUUUUUUUUUUUUUUUGUUUUUUUGUUUUUUUUUUUUUAGAUGACUCGUCAAGAGAACCUGCUUGUCAGUUGGACGGACUGAGUAUGGACCAGCGGAUUUGAGAGGACAUUUGAAUGUAUGAGUAUUGGUUGAGGUUUAAAAAAAAAAAAAGGAAAUGGAGUUGUGCUCCCUGGCUGGAGCGUUUAAAGUCAGAACCAGCAUCAGAGCCCAGGUGUGGUUUUUACCUGUCUUAUGUUUAAAUGUCUGGCUUUUGUUCUGUAAUACUUGGCACACUUCAAGACACUUUAUAAAGAUAAGUUUGGAACCCUAGCUUUCCUGAAGCCAAGUUGCAGAUAGACAUGUGACAAAGAUUUUCAAGAGGGGUCUGCUUGGUUAACAAGAAGCAAGAAAUAACUGAGCCUCUUCAGGUUUAAGAGAUGGAGCUUUAAUCAGCCCGUAAGCUUGACAUGACAGUAUAUACAGUAUUUGGUUGGAGCUCGUUCUUCGUUUGCCUGCCAAAAGGAUAUUUUUGUGAUUCUAUCCGAAAAGAUGGACACUUUGCGGCACUUUUAUAGGCCCCGUGUGGGUCACGACACAAAACAAACAAACCCCUUCUUCCCCUCGUGUUGGUUAGACAUGCUUUUUCGUCACAAGUGAUUGCCGUGGAUGUUGUUCUAUUGUAACAUUUGCACAAAGAUGAAUUACAAUACAUGUACUAAUGCUAAUGCUCACAUGCCCCCGGUACACAAGCUCAAAGUUAUAUGGAGAAAGCGUUUAAAAAAAAAAAAAUCUUUGAAAGCUUUUGACUGUUUGGAAUGUUGAGAGACAAAUCAGUCGCAUUUAAGUAUUGUGACAGAGUAUUUUUUACCCAGCUUGCUCCGCAAUCUGCAUUAAACAAAGCUUUUUAUGUCCCUUUUAACUUAUAGACCCCCUCCCAGGUCCUUCCAUUGACGUCUCUGACUAUGCAACCCGUUCAAUAUAGCACUCUCCAAACAGCAAGCCUCCAUUUUCAGAGAUUUUAUUCUAUCCCCAGAGUAUAUGAAACAAAAAUAUCUUCGUUUAAAGGAAAUAUUUUUUGUUAAAAUUCCCUCUGAAGUCUCAAAUCAUGUUACCUGGUCAUGUGACUGUGCCAUGUUUUUAAAGUUCAGAGUUGUACUUUAACAGAUCACCAUGUGCGUUUUCUUGAGCUUGAGCCAGAAUUGGAGUGAACUGUGGAAUUUGAAAAAGAGAAAUCGUAUCAAAACUAAAGUGCGGUCUGUGGUUUUGCACCCUCCCUUUUAAAACAUUUGCUUCCCUCUAGUGGUUGAAAAUGGUUCAUGCUUCAAUGUGGGCCAUCGCCUGGAAAGAGACUAGGUUGUUGAUGAGGUCACUGCACUUCUUUUUUUAUUCACCGUGACUAGUAUGUAAAAAGAGGCAGAUUACUCAAAUUAUUGGUUGACAUUGUGAAAAGAAUGUAGUUUUGUUACACAAUGGAAGGAUAGCAGUGAUUCUUUGCCUUCCAGGAUGAAAUGUGGU